UCCGCUCUCUCCUUUGUUCGGAAAUUCCCACUGCCAACCACCACCACCACUCCUCCUCCACCCCGGUGCCUUUAUUAACAAGAACUCCGCACGCAUGAAGCCUCGUCGGGAUUCUACUACAGCCCCGUUACUGCAGUGUGUGUUGUUGGUGUGUUGUUGUGAUGUUGUUAAUGUAGCGACAACUUCAAAGAGAGAGAGGGGGUGAACACACUGUGUGAGUUGUUGUAGGAGGGGGUUAACACACUGUGUGAGUUGUAGGAGGAGAAGGAGGUUAACACACUGUGUGAGUUGUAGGAGGAGGUUAACACACUGUGUGAGUUGUUGUAGGAGGGGGUUAACACAUUGUGUGAGUUGUUGUAGGAGUAGGAGGGGGUUAACACAUUGUGUGAGUUGUUGUAGGAGUAGGAGGGGGUUAACACACUGUGUGAGUUGUUGUAGGAGUAGGAGGAGGUUAACACACUGUGUGAGUUGUAGGAGUAGGAGGUUAACACACUGUGAGUUGUUGUAGGAGGAGGUUAACACACUGUGUGAGUUGUUGUAGGAGGGGGUUAACACACUGUGCGAGUUGUUGUAGGAAGGGGUUAACACACUGUGUGAGUUGUUGUAGGAGGGGGUUAACACACUGUGCGAGUUGUUGUAGGAAGGGGUUAACACACUGUGUGAGUUGUUGUAGGAGGGGGUUAACACACUGUGUGAGUUGUUGUAGGAGGGGGUUAACACACUGUGUGAGUUGUUGUAGGAGGGGGUUAACACACUGUGUGAGUUGUUGUAGGAGGGGUUUAACACACUGUGAGUUGUAGGAGGGUUUAACACACUGUGAGUUGUUGUAGGAGGAGGUUAACACACUGUGUGAGUUGUUGUAGGAAGGGGUUAACACACUGUGAGUUGUAGGAGGGGGUUAACACACUGUGUGAGUUGUUGGAGGAAGGGUUUAACACACUGUGUGAGUUGUUGUAGGAGGGGGUUAACACACUGUGUGAGUUGUUGGAGGAAGGGUUUAACACACUGUGUGAGUUGUAGGAGGGGGUUAACACACUGUGUGAGUUGUAGGAAGGGGUUAACACACUGUGUGAGUUGUUGUAGGAGGGGUUUAACACACUGAGUUGUAGGAGGGUUUAACACACUGUGUGAGUUGUAGGAGGAGGUUAACACACUGUGUGAGUUGUAGGAGGGGGUUAACACACUGUGUGAGUUGUUGUAGGAGGGGGUUAACACACUGUGUGUGAGUUGUAGGAGGGGGUUAACACACUGUGUGAGUUGUUGUUGGUGGCACGCUGCGCUAUGGAGUUGACCGUGCCAGAAGAGGACAGGCUACAGCCCACGCCGGAAGCCCUGCCGGCUAAUGGCGGGCGGGUGUUUGGGCGCCGGCAGUUGGACCUGAACCACUACGCCACCAAGAAGAGCGCCGCCGAGAGCAUGCUGGACGUCGCGCUGCUCAUGGCCAACGCGUCGCAGCUCAAGGCCGUCAUGGAGCACGGCACGGCCAGUAACUUCUACGCGGUGCUCAUCGCGCUGCUCUCCGUCUCCAUCAUCUUCCAGAUUGUCGUCGGAGUCCUGCUCAUCUUCAUUGGUGGGAAACGCCUCUCCGUCCCAUUGAAGUACGACCUGAACGACGCGGGAAAGCACCGCAAGCUCGACCUCCUCAACAACAUCGCCACGGGCCUCAUCUUCAUCAUUGUCGUGGUCAACGUCUUCAUCACGGCCUUCGGGGUUCAGAAGAACGGCAGUCCUGUCUCCGCAGCCCAGGAGGCCCCCCAAUAGCAACCAAUAACUGGCGCACAGAAGGCGUGCCGUCAUGACACAAUCCGUGAACCCUGACAGACCCUUUGAAGCCCGCUACCCCGUGAAUUCCUGUGGAUACCUUGGGUAGAAAAACACUGAAGCAGCCUCUACGACGGGUCCCCAUCCGAGUCUCGGUCAUCAGAAAAGAGGAUGGCAAAUCCCCGCGGUUGUGCUGUACUACAGGCUCUCUGACUUGCAUGUAGGUUGUAAAGCACGUUCCUUAGGAAUUACAGUCUGUUCUCCUAUAACGGUGCUAGUUGCGUUCCUGAAGAACACGGCGUUAUGUGAAAUAAAAGGUAAAGCACAGUCCGCGAUAACACGCGAUAUGCGUAACGCAGGAUGAACAAAUACCGAGGCGCGUGGGUAGCAUCUAGAAGCGUAUGGCAGAAUCCCGCCUUACGUGAUGCUAUGCCGAGGCGGCUGUACAACCGCUUCUUCCUAUUCAUGCGACGGAGUUCCGUUCACUCAAUUGCAUUUCAUCCAAUAAACAAAAACGUAGUCCCUAAUACAUUCAUCGCAUUACUAUCCAAUUCGCGUGAUAAAAAUACGCCAUAUAGGAGAACAGACUGUACGUCCUGUCGCAGCAACAUGUGCUACAGCACAAACAAGACCGUUGAAGAGCGAUUUGUUAAAUGGUUUGACAACGAAAAAAAUGCUUGCAAUGUUUGCAACAAUAACAUUGGUGAUGUUGGACAAUAUUAUAUUUGUCAGACGGUGACAUAUUCUGCAAAUAAUUGUCAGAAAUUACUUAACCAAUCGCUCCUGAGGUUGUCUGAUCAGAUUUGACCUUUUUUUUACUAGAUUGUGAACAAAUAACCUUGCACACAUGUUAUUUUCGAUUUCGUUCGGUGAUUGAUUUGCUUACAUGAAUUGUUAUACUGUACUGUGUUUUUUUUUAAACUUCAUGUCAACCUAUUUAGGCAUAAUAUGCAUGCAGGUAUAACUGUACAAGGUAUUUACAUCAUAAUUCUCAACUGCAUUUGAGGGUGCUUAUAUUAUGGAAGUUUGUUCAUAUUUUAUAACAUAAAAUUCGUUAAAUUCUUGGUAAGAAUUUGCAGGUGCACAAAAUGCCACUGAGCCACAUGGCAAAGUUAAGAGUACUGCUUAUAUAAUCUUGUUUACAAGGUAAAUUAUAAUAGCUAUGAUUUACUAGGAAUACUACCAUGGUAUCAAUUUGGUUAACACACUGAACUGAGGUCUAUCUCCUGGUGCAGCACACCGGAUAUAUACUGUACAUUGCCUCUCCAUACACAGUCAAUCAGUAGGUCGCAUGGAAGAGUAGGCCAAAUACCACUCCAGAGGGGUUCUAUAGAACUCCCUCUAGUGGAGGCCUGUCCACCAGCAGUGGCAUGAGCAAGCAAUUGCAGGACUGCACCUUUACCGUUUUUACUUUGCUAUGUAAAUAGUUUCAGGAAGAUUCGGACUUGCUAUCAUUUGUGCAGAGGCUUGAGAAGUACAUUUGGCUCAUGGUGUAUCGGGAAACAAACGCUGGGAUUCCCAUUCCUGUAUUUUAUUGUUCACUUAAUUACGUACAGGCAAUGCACGUGACUUUGCGUUUUAAAGGAGAGCACAUAAUCGUGUACACAUUCACUUCACGGUGAACUUGCCAGAUGAGUGUGUGGCUCAUGGCUUGCAAUAAUCUCGGCUUUACAUUUCUCUGUGGUCAAUAAAUGAAGUACCACUUUGUGGGAAUUCACAAGUGGUAGUCCUAUGGUAUAUAGCCUGUGCCAUAGGAACAUGGAAUUUCCACCACUGGCCCUUGCCUCUAAACCUUGCGCCAUGCUUAUCACAUUUAUGACUGGAAUUUACUCGAUAUAGAGUGGAUCCACAUGGUGCUCGUCUUCACACCGCAAACCUCAAACGCUUGAGACUGUCGUGGUGAGGAGGGGGCCGGCAAACUCCAGGCUCAUAAAAUCAACAACCCCUGCUGAAUGUUUUAACAAUUAUAAAGUUCAAUUGAUUCAUUCAUGAGAAUUGGAGAAUUGGUUCUCAUGCUCGUAAUACAUGCCUUGAAUUGUGCGUGUCAAAAUGUAUUUCGGAUCGUCAUCAUCAGCCAUGAUCCGUCAACCAUUGGAUAAAUGUCUCUCAAGCGGUUUCCUCCUCUCAUCAUGCAACUUUAUAAUGUGCUCCGUACCUGACACGAACUGAUUUACUUGCUCGUAACCUCGGUUGACCUCCAACUCGUGAUUUAUCAAAAUUAUUUGCAAAUGAUUUGCUCAUGCUACCUUAAGCUGUUGGAGCAAACACAACUGCAAAUGAGAUAUUUUUAAAUGUACAUUUUCAAUUACAAACAUAUACCCCUGUUUGGUUCAAAUGUCGUACAUUGAUUGGCCAGCCUCCAUCCCAGUUGCCAUUGUGUACCAUUUGUGUAAAAAAAAUGUGUACCUCUGCUAUGGACAGUUGAAAUUUGUAAAAGUAGCCUGUGCACCAUUAAUAAUAUAGCAGCGUGACAGUCUACAUUCCAGACAUCUGACCCUACCACUGUAAAUUAUGGGGGAGUAUACUUUAUUUGUUGUACUGUCGUGUCAAGAAUGUGAGAUUUUUUUAUACAGUGGGUGUAUUGUCGCACCAGUUAUUUAUCUGAAACUGCUUUGCAUUUUACACUCCAGGCAGAAUGUCUUCCAAGUCCCAUUUUUGGUGAUAAAGGCAGCGACACUUGUGGUGUAAUGAUCCACAUUCACUGGGUUUCCAGUCAGAAUGAGGGGGGAAAUGGAGGUAGCCAAGCAGCUUAGAAGUCCGAGACAACAUUGCCAAGGACCUAGGUUUGAAUCCAGGCAGCUGCCUGGUUAUUAAAAAGUGGAUUUUCAGUUUUAGUGAGUUGAUGGUCUCAGCCCAUUCACCAGUGACUGCACAAACAACCCAUCGGAUACAUUUUAUUUACAUUUGGCCAAAUUCUAGACCAGAAUGCAAAAUGUAGUUUUUCAGCUCACAGCAGAGUUUGUGGGUGAGUGCACACUCUACUCUUUAAAUAACAAAAAGGGCAAGCCCUGUGAAAAAUAUCUUGAGCAGGUCGGUAUCAUAGCACAUGGGGCACACUGCUCUUGAGAUUUACAAAUGGAUUCUUCAUCUCGUGAGCAAUGGCAAUUGGGGAAAAUAGACGAUGCAUUUAUUUUACAGCAUGAGAUAUAACUUACAUGAUAGGAAUCUAUAUUUGUCUAUAUGAGUUGAUUAACAGUUUUCUAAUACGGAAUUAUUUCUCAUUAACCAUAGCUAGUGUUGUGUACCUUGUUUUUUUUUAGUUCCUUAUAACUAUGGAUGGAAUUCGCCUCUAAAGUCGUAUUCACUGAUUAAAUCUUGAUUUAAAGCUUUCGUGACUGCAGGAAUUCAUAUUCUUUGGGUCUUUCGGUCAAGUCACGUAAAUAGAAAUAACAGAUCGCGACGUUUCGUUCGCAACACAAAGAACGUGAGUGCCAGUAUUCAGCACUUAUUCGAAAACUGAAUUGGAAGCUAAGCAAAUGAGUGGAAAAAGCAGCACCUGAGUAUAAAUUAUUGAUUGCAAUAUUGCGAAUUCCAGAACUUUUGCUUGAUUUACUCAUGUAGUUCCUGUAACAUAGAAAAUAUGAAUGGGCAUUAAAAAAAUACUUGAGGAAUUUUUGUUUUACAUGAUAUUUAAAUUAGGUGUUUGUGCACACCUAAUUUAAAUAUCAUGGCAUAAAUAAACUGUUUGCGUUCAUUAAUGCAAUUUCCCUCUGCAUCGUGACGCAGACAAUGGCAUUGUGCGUGUGUCAGGAAUAACCAUGUCUUCAAAAUAAGUGUUUGGGCCACAUUUUAACAAAAAUUAGGCUUGCAUAAAAAAUUGCUCGCUGUCAUUAAAAGUUAACUGUUGAUUUUUAAACGCCUGCCGUUGAAUUUAUUUAAUUACGUUGAGGCCUUACAAUUUUGAAAACAAGUCAUAACUGUUUUUCCUGUUUAUUUCCUUUGCAACACGUGAAUUACGUUUGGAUGCAAGUUACUUUUAAAGCUAACGCACAUAAAAUAGCCUUCGUAAACUUUUAAAGUAGCAAUUUUAAAAACGUCUUUUUUUCAUACAUUAAUACGAUUUCUCAGGGAAAAAUUAUUCCCUCUUUUUGUACUGUGGACUACAUAAUACGCUUGUAUGCACAGUCUAGUAAAAAAAAAUGCGUGACAUUUGC